CUGCGCAACAGACAUUUCAACAAGACAGCGUAUCGUCGAUAAUUCGUAUACAUUUGAUCUGCGACUCUAAACCAAGCUCUGACACAACAUUCCUCAAUAUGGGAGUUGCAAAGAAAACCCGCAAAUUUGGCGCAGUCAAACGUUUAAUCGGCCAGAACGAUGCUAGAUUGAAGAAGAACAUCUCCAAGGCCGAGGACGAAGCCAAGAAGAAAGCAAAAGAGAACCAAGUUGUUCGAGAAGUCCCUCAAGUCUCCUCCGCCCUCUUCUUCCAGUACAACACGGCCUUAGUCCCACCUUACAAUGUCCUUGUCGACACUAAUUUCCUAUCACACACCGUCCAACGGAAGCUUGAGUUGCUUGAAACAAUGAUGGACACGCUAUACGCCAAAUGCAUACCAAUAAUCACCAGCUGUGUAAUGGCAGAACUCGAGAAGCUCGGCCCCCGCUACAGAAUAGCCCUUCGUAUUGCAAGAGAUGAAAGAUUUGAGCGCUUGAAGUGUUCGCACGCUGGUACAUACGCAGAUGAUUGUAUUGUGGACCGCGUUCAACAGAGCAAGAUUUAUCUUGUAGCGACGAACGACAAGGAUUUGAAGCGCAGGAUCCGUAAGAUACCUGGUGUUCCUAUCAUUUCUGUUGCAAGAGGAAAAUAUGUGGUCGAGAGAUUACCGGAUGCGCCAGAGAAGUGAGAGGUGCAAGCAGGGGAAGAGAGAUGCAUUUCAUUUGGCGUUUCGAAAGCGUGGCAUUGCUUGGAGUCUUGGGCGGACGGGCUAUUGUAUCUUGUGAGGAAGGAUCUUCUAACCGAAAGCUCACCGUGCUAUCAAAAUAGUAUCCUCUUGAGGUCGAGUAA